GAACCCUGACGCUAUUUAAGGCGCACUCUGAAUUUAAAUAAACUGUUGUUCUUUCUUUCUCUGACGUUAGUGAACUGCCUUCAAAACUGUUGCGUUUGCACCGUUGUGUGUUAUCAUACGUUACGCCAAUUUGAUCAGCAAGAAUAAUGCGGAUCUAUUUUAUCGUCGCUCUCUUUGGAGUGGCACAAGGUCAAGGUCAAUCAGCGAACAGUUCCUUCGACCCUUGUUCCGGAAUCCUGUGUGGACCCUUACCGACUUGCCCUGACGGCUCCGCCCCCAUCACUCCCCCCGACAUGUGCUGUCCGGAAUGCUCACCGAUCGUUGGAGCUUCAAACAUUCAGUCGGGAGGCGCGAUCCAACCCUUCGACAAUUGUCCCCCUUGUGACCCCUUACCGACUUGCGCGGACGGCAGCCUCCCCAGCAAGCCACCAGGCGAAUGUUGUCCGUACUGCCCACCGAUCGACGUCACUCCACCGUUUGACAUGCUUCCACCGAUUGACAUGAGUACACCAGGUUUCGACGUUUAUCCACCAGGCAACGUCGCUCAACCGAUCGACGUCUUUCCACCUAGUAACGUCAAUCCACCAGUCGACGUAUUUCCACCAGGCAACGUCAAUCCACCAGUCGACGUAUUUCCACCGAAUAAUGUCAACUCACCAAGCAUCGUCAAUCAGCCUUUCCCGUGAAUGCACCUUUGAGUACGAAUGCUAUAUGAAUAGUAGAUGUAUUUUUGUCUGUCGGUCGAUGCUACAAAUAUGUUUAAACCAAAUAUAUUGAUAUUAAAUGAUUAAUAAACAGACAAACUUUA